AUGGACACAUUGCCUCAGAAAGCGCAACUCAUCCAAGAGCAGUAUCUGGAAAUUCCACCAGGCCACCGAAUCCCCUCACUCAGGUUUGAGGCGGGGGGAGGGAGGAAGAAGGCAUCACGAGGCGGGACGCGAGAAGGGGCAAGCCGUAAUACCGCAGGGCAGGCAAGGCGAGGCGGCGGGGCCGGGCCGGGGGGGGGGGAGGUUCGCAGCCCCAGCAAGGCCAAUAAGGGCCGGGCAGCGCCCCGCAGCCCCCCGCGCUGCAGGGCCGCGUCCCGCCCGCCCCGCCAGGCCAGGCCAGGCCCGGCCCCACCAGGCCCCGGUGCACCGAGGGCGAGGCCGCGCCUGGCGGCAGGGCCCUUCCCACCCCCCCACCAUCACUCACCCUGCUCCGCCGCCCGGGAGCCGCCGAGGAGGAAGGAGCGGCGGCGGCCGCACCGAAAGGAGCGCGAGAGGGGGGGAGGCGGCGCGCGCGCGGCCGCGCGGCCCUAA